AAGGUUUGAAGCUCUGUUCUAGUUUCUCAGACAUCCCUCAAACAACGGACAGCAAGCAAUAGCAGGUAAUCAAGAAAGCAUUUCCAGGUGUUUUGGAGUGGCACAUUGGCAAUGGACCAGAAUAGUGUGGAACUGCAGGCAAAAGAAAUUCUUAAACUUCUCAAGGAAAAACAUGUGUCAACAAUUGUUCUUUCUAGGAAAUCAGGAAGUGGGAAAACAUGGAUGGCAAGAAAAGCUGGUCUGCUCGCAGUCACAAACGAAAGAGUUGACAUUAUGCUUUGGAUUUCUUUGAGUGUUAGGCAUGAUGAGAUGUCUCUCUAUGAGCAUAUUGCUUGUCAGUUGUCUCUACUUUCCACUUUUGCGGAGCUGCUAAUUGAUGAUAUCGAGCAGGUACAGGAUGACAAUGGUAAGGAGGAAGCCUUGGAUGGCUUGAAAGAAAAGGUACAGAAAAAACUUUCAGCUAGUAAUGUUCUUCGAGGGAUACUUGUAAUUUUGGAUGAUGAAGGAAAAAAAAUGAGAGAAGGCGAUCGAGACUUAGAUCAAGUCCUUCAGUUUAUCACGCAUAAUGCCUACCAGCAGUCAAUAGAAGUUGCUGAUGGAGAUGGACAGCAAAAACUUAAGGUGCUAAUAACUUGAAAGAAUGAAGAUACGAGGCACCAAACUCGGGGGGAUAAGGAAGUGAUUGACAUGAAAUGUCUAACUCCAGAAAUGUCAAUUUCUUUGUUAAAGCAAUGGGCUGUGGCAAAAGUUUUUGAAAUUUUAGGUGUUGAAAUUUUAGUUGAAAACUUCAUCGAUAAAAAUUAAGAACUUACA